AUGCCCAAUUUGGCCACGUGCACGCGGCAAGACAUCGUCGACUACUUUGACAACACGUGGGCGCUGACGGACAUGCUGUUCUCGAGCUUCCAGAACGAGGACGCGUUUGUCCAGCCUCCACCGCACCAGUUGCGCCACCCCAUGGCGUUCUACUACGGCCACCCGACGUGCUUUUACAUCAACAAGUGUCGACUGGCGGGCCUCCUCGACGCGCCGGUGAACCCAGCGUUCGAAGACUUGUUCGAAGUCGGCGUGGACGAGAUGCGGUGGGACGACAUGAGCAAGAACGAGAAGGAGUGGCCGAGUGUGGCGGACGUCCAGGCGUACCGUCGCCAAGUGUAUGGGAUCAUCAAGGGACUGCUGGAGACGCACGCCGACUUUGCCGACGGCCACGCGCCCAUCACGGCGUCGUCGCAGUCGUGGGCGCUGUUCAUGGCGAUGGAGCACGAGCGCAUCCACCUCGAAACGUCGUCCGUGCUCAUGCAGGAGCACUCGGUGCACAACUUUGUCAAGCCGGACGCGUUCCCGUUGUACCAUCCGUCGGCGUUCCGGCCACGGUCGUCCAAAGUCCCCGAGGAAGGAACAGACUACCCGGCGAACCGCAUGAUUCGCGUCGACGCGCCGAGCGACGUGGGCCACGUGGUCACGCUGGGCAAGCCCGAGUCGUUUCCGUCGUUCGGGUGGGACAACGAGUACGGGACCAAACGAGUCGCGGUCGGACGGACGUUUGCAGCGUCGUCGCAGCUGGUGUCGAAUGGCGAGUUCUGGCAGUUUGUCAAGGACGGCGGGUACUUGAACCAGAGCGUGUGGUCGGCGACGGGGUGGGCGUGGCGGUCGUUCCGCAACACCAAGUGGCCACAGUUCUGGCGCCCGGACGGGCCGCAAGGGAGCCACGAGUACCGUCUGCGCGCGCUGUUUGACGAGAUCGACAUGCAGUGGGACUGGCCCGUCCAGGUCAACUUGCACGAGGCGCACGCGUACUGCCGCUGGAAGAACCAGCGCGACGGCAACUCGGCGUCCGAGUACUACCACGUGAUGACGGAGCCGAUGCACCAACUCUUGCGCAACGACAAGGACAGGAGCCAUCCGUCGUCGACGACCGACGUGGACGACGCGAUUCUGAACCUGCCGCGGCUCGCGACGAUGGCCAGCAACGACGGUGGCGCGCCUCGCAACACGAACGUGAGCUUUGCGUCGUUCAGCCCCGUGGACGCGAUGCCCCCGAACGACCAAGGGUUCCACGACGUGUUUGGGAACGCGUGGGAAUGGUGCGAGGACCACAUGAGUGCGCUGCCGGGGUUCCACGUGCACCCUGUCUACGACGACUUUACUCUGCCUUGCUUUGACGGCGAGCACCACGUGAUCAUGGGCGGAUCGUACAUGAGCAGCGGCGACAAUGGCGCGUCCAAGUACGCUCGGUACCACUUCCGGCCGCACUUUUUCCAGCACGCUGGCUUCCGCGUCGUGGCGAGUCCAGUGACCCGGUCGGACGACGGCACCAACGUCGUGGACGUCGUGACGUCUUGUUUGAACGCGCCAGAGCCGCACACGGUCGUGAACCCGUACCGGACGACGCCGUCGAUCGUGCUCAACCCGGCCAAGGCGUCGUCGUUGUUCUUGGCCAAGUUGGAGGCGCAGGCGGCGACGCAGUGGCGGGACUUUGGCGCUGGCUACGACAAGAGCAGUACAGAAUAG